GAUAUCGUCAAAUGAGACGGGGAUAUGAGGUUACAUAGCGAUAAAGAUAGUAUUCAAAAAACUAAAAAAGUAAAAGUAAUACUUACAAGUGGUUAAAACUUGAAUUAACACACCAAAACGUCAACGCUACAUUACUGACUUUACAACGGCAGCCAUAUUUAUUUAUGUUUGACGCAACGAUAUGGCGGAUGGCGGCAAGUUUGAUUCUUUGACAGUAGGAAAGAGUAAGUCAAAAAAUAUUAUUGACCAUCCAUUCACCCACAAUGUACCACCAAGACCAAGCAGUGAGCAUCCUCGGCGAAACCAUCCCUAAACGAAGAAGCGUUUUCCUUGAAAGUGGUGUUAGCAGUGCUGAUUCGUACAAAGCCUCAAAAGUCGGUCCCGCGCCCCCAAUCAAGUUCAUCAACAAAUCGUCAACAGACAGGUUUGGAAAUGGGACUAUUUACGAAGUCCUCAAACCGAUUUAUGCAUUAAUGAGGAUUGUUGGGAUCUUCCCGAUUAAAAACACCGAACCUGGAAUGUUCCGAGUGGCACCGGAGUUGUUGGGGUACUCGAUUGUGGUGCUUGUGGUGGUUAUGGGGUACAUUGGAUUUAUCGAGUGGGACAAAGUUGAAAUAGUUCGGUCGCAGGAAGGCCGAUUUGAAGAGGCAGUGAUUGAUUAUUUAUUCACUGUGUAUCUUCUACCGAUUAUUAUGAAUCCACUGGUGUUGUACGAGGCAAGGAAGUUGGCGAAUGUGGUCUCGGAUUGGGUCAAUUUUGAGAGGAUUUAUUAUAAAUUGACCAAAAAGAAGCUUUCGGUGUUUUUUGGGAAUAAACCAGUGAUUCUAACAGUGGUACUUCCGCUCUUGGCGUGUGGCGUUAUGGUGGUCACUCAUAUUACGAUGGCACAUUUUAAAAUUAUUCAGGUGGUUCCUUUUUGCUACAUCAACUGUUUAAUCUACUUAAUCGGGGGCUUUUGGUUCAUGCAGUGCGACGUCGUAGGCAAAGUGGCCACUCAACUCGCUGAAGACUUCCAAAUGGCGUUAAAGCACAUUGGGCCGUCUUCUCAAGUCGCCGAUUAUCGCUCGUUGUGGAUGCUUUUAAGCAAAUUGAUAAGAGAUGUAGGAAACGCCUCCGGAUACACUGUCACUUUCCUCUGUCUGUACCUAUUUUUAAUAAUAACGUUGACAAUCUACGGGUUACUGUCACAACUCCAAGCCGGCUUUAGCACCAAAGACAUAGGCCUGACGAUAAAUGCAGCCUUGGCCAUUUUCAUUUUGUAUUUUAUUUGUGACGAAGCCCACUACGCCUCCAAUUGUGUACGAGUCCUGUUUCAAAAAAAGCUGCUUUUAGUAGAGUUAUCCUGGAUGAACGAUGAGGCCCAACAGGAAAUCAAUAUGUUCCUAAAGGCCACAGAAAUGAGUCCUACGGAUAUAAGCCUUGUGGGCUUUUUUGACGUUAAUAGGAAUUUAUUUAAGUCGCUAUUGGCAACAAUGGUAACCUAUCUAGUGGUACUUCUACAGUUCCAAAUCAGCAUACCCGAGGAAACAACCAGUCCUACCAACUCCACUUCAGUUACAAUCACUACGCAAACACCCAACUAAUCCUCCACUCUUGUAGAGUAUUUUUAUACACUGGAAGUGUUUUUUCAUAUUUAUAAAACGAUCAAUGUUAUUUUUAGUGCAGCAAUUAUUUAUUUUCGGGGGUUGGUGUUUGUUUUGGGGUCUGUGUGCAAUCCGAAUUUUAUCAACGAGGGUGGCAUUUGCGUCAGAGAUGGAAUGUAUGUAAUACAUUCCAAGAAUAAAUUUUAUCGCUUUUUUUAAGAAACAAAGAACUAAUUUUUUCCUUGAAAUAUUU